AGGGCCCUGCAGCGGCGGCAGCUGGCGGGAGAGAGGCUUGGGACUGGGCCGCCCGGCCGCGAGGAAUAAACUCACUCCUGUCUUCAUACGUAUCCAUAGCCGGCAGGCGGCAGUACCUGUAUGUGGUUUUAGCUAUACGCGACCUCAGUUCGGGCGCAAGGUUAGUCUUCGAUUUAAGCAUAGAUUUUAUUUUAUCUUCUUGGCUCCACCAAAUAACACUAACAAAAUCGCUUUGGCUUCUAUGGGUUCAAAUUAAGCACUGGAUCGUACCAUUUUCUUGUUCAUUUAUACUUUGUCAUCCAAUCCACACCGAUUAAUUUCUCACGGUCAACAACGCAUGAAGUUUUCAUUUCUGGGAAGAAGCAUGUAUUUUUUUUAUCUCCGACUCGAUCUAGUGGUGAGAGGAGGAAGAUGAAUAGUGCAUGCAUAUGAUAUCUAGAGAGGCACCAGAUCUAGUGGCUCCAUGUUCUGUUCGCGGGCUAAGAAAAAACAUAAACAAGCAGGCGCCUGAAAAAUAGCUAGUCCCUAACUUUUUAGACCAAUCUGUAUGUUUAUUUUGACGAUAUUGGUAUGAAAAAGUCUCUCAAGAACAAUAUACAUAUGCAGCAUGCAUGUGCAUGGUAUAAUUAUAAAUUAUUAGCAGAGUUUAGAUAAGUAGGCCCCCACGUCUGCGCUCCGCCACCUACAGCGAGCCUCCCUUUCCUCCCUCCCUGAUUCGUUUGCACUUGCUGAGAGCUCAACAGAAUUUGGUCACCGAUUUCAAUUCGCAGCUACUAAUUCUCACCACAUUGAAAUUUUCGAUUUGAAACAGUACAAUUUCUGAAGAGAAAUUGUACGUCUGAAACGGUUGCAUGUGUACUAUGAACUGCUAGCCAUUCCCUGCAUACGUGGGACACGCUCAGAUCAUUCAUUCGCAGCACGUACGUAACCUUAAUAUUCUACUAUACAUCCAUGCAGCUACAACCCCGACCAGGCGAGAAGAAGCAUCGAUAGUGUGACGAGCUAACCCACCACCAGCAACGUAAUCCAAAUCCAUGGACAACCAGCCGCUGCCCUACUCCACAGGCCAGCCCCCUGCCCCCGGAGGAGCCCCGGUGGCGGGCAUGCCUGGCGCGGCCGGCCUCCCACCCGUGCCGCACCACCACCUGCUCCAGCAGCAGCAGGCCCAGCUGCAGGCGUUCUGGGCGUACCAGCGCCAGGAGGCGGAGCGCGCGUCCGCGUCGGACUUCAAGAACCACCAGCUGCCUCUGGCCCGGAUCAAGAAGAUCAUGAAGGCCGACGAGGACGUGCGCAUGAUCUCCGCCGAGGCGCCCGUGCUGUUCGCCAAGGCCUGCGAGCUCUUCAUCCUCGAGCUCACUAUCCGCUCCUGGCUCCACGCCGAGGAGAACAAGCGCCGCACCCUGCAGCGCAACGACGUCGCCGCGGCCAUCGCGCGCACCGACGUCUUCGAUUUCCUCGUCGACAUCGUGCCCCGCGAGGAGGCCAAGGAGGAGCCCGGCAGCGCCCUCGGCUUCGCGGCGCCUGGGACCGGCGUCGUCGGGGCUGGCGCCCCGGGCGGGGCGCCAGCCGCCGGGAUGCCCUACUACUAUCCGCCGAUGGGGCAGCCGGCGCCGAUGAUGCCGGCCUGGCAUGUUCCGGCCUGGGACCCGGCCUGGCAGCAAGGGGCAGCGGAUGUCGAUCAGAGCGGCAGCUUCAGCGAGGAAGGACAAGGGUUUGGAGCAGGCCAUGGCGGCGCCGCUAGCUUCCCUCCUGCGCCUCCGACCUCCGAGUGAUCGAUCGGCGCGUCUCUUGGUCCUGGCCUCCUGGCUUAGCUACAUGUGCAUGAUGUCAAUCGUUCAAUGUGCCAUGCUGUGUAUACUCUACAGCAAACGUGGUAAUGGAGCUGCUAUGCAUACAGAACGAAUAAGGCGUGACGUGUGAGACCGUAAGAGUACGUAGUACUAAUAUGUAGAUGCACGUGACGUGCCAAUUAAUCAAAGAUUAACAUGCAGUUAAUUAAUUAGUCCUCCUA